GACUUCAGUGGUAUCUGUUUUUCUACUAUGGAAGGGCUGCAGAGGCCGAUUCAGCCAGUUCAGUCAGUGACCCACAAACACCUUUUACAGGUUCAGCAGAUGGCGCUGCUCUGCUUCAGCUUUAACCGCGAAUAACAACACGGAGAGGAAGAAACAACCGCUGCAGUCGCUGUUGUGUGGUGAUUGCUGGAUUUAGUUCAGCAGUCGGAGAUGUGUCCAGUCUCAGUAGUGUUUUGCUGACGGAGAUAAACAGCGGUCAUGUCUGCACUGAGGAGGCUUUAUUAGUGUAAAUGUGCUGUUUUGUGAGUCCUCCUGAUAACUAUUUCACACCGGGCUGCCUCACAGACGGCUCUCUUCAGCACUGCAGACUGAUUAUAAAGCAUCAUCUCGAGGACAACAUCAGCUCCAGACACGAUGUGGAGCUGUGACGGUGUAAAGAAGAUUAUUAAAGAGGAGCAAGAAAACACAGGAGACACUGAGGAACACAGAGCCCUGAUGAUAGUCAAGGAAGAAGAGAGAGAAAUUAAAGAGGAGGAGGAGGAGGGAUGUCAAGAUGGUGCGGUUGGAGAAACGCAAUCUCAACCUGCAGACACUGAAACCGUUUUCACCUGUCCUCAAUGUGGAAAGAGCUUCAGAAAGAAGCAUUACCUCAAGCAGCACAUUGGCAUCCACAUUGGAUUGAAGCCGUUCGCCUGCGCUGAAUGUGGGAAGAGCUUCCGAAUUAAAUCAAGUCUGGAGGUGCACAUGAGACUCCACACCGGAGAGAAACCGUUCACGUGCUCCCUAUGCGGGAAGAGUUUCAGACGCUCGGGAACGUUUGACGAUCACCAGCGAAUUCACUUCGAAGAGAAGCCGUUUACAUGCGACGAGUGUGGAAAGAGCUUCAAAUGGGCGAACUGUCUCCAGAUCCACAAGCUCAUUCACUCUGGAGAAAAGCCCUUCGGCUGUGAUCAGUGCGGGAAGAGAUAUAUUCAGAAGUCAGAACUGCGGGACCACAUGAUGUCCCACACUAACGAGAAACCUUACUCGUGUGAGUUUUGCGGGAAGGGGUUUGCGCGCUUGUGUCGUUUUCGACACCAUCAGAAAACACACACGGGUGUGAACGAGUAUUCAUGCACGGAUUGUGGCCAAACCUUCACGACGUUCACCCUGCUGAAAGCGCACCAGAAGAUCCACACCGAAAAAAGACCCUAUAAGUGUGCGUUCUGCCAGAAGACCUUCAAGCAGUCGGGAGCGUUUAAGAAGCACCAUCGAAUCCACUCCGAGGAGAAGCCGUUCGCCUGUGACGAGUGUGGAAAGAGCUUCAAGUGGGAGAACAGCCUCCAGAUCCACAAGCUCAUUCACUCUGGAGAAAAGCAGUUCAGCUGUGAUCAAUGCGGGAAGAAGUUUGUGCAGAAGUCAGACCUGAAGACCCACAUGAUGUCCCACACUGGAGAAAAGCCGUACUCGUGUGCGGUGUGCGGGAAGGGCUUUGUGAGGUUGAGCGUUUUUAAAAACCAUCAGAAAGCACACGCCGGGGUGAAGGAGUUCGUGUGCUCGGAUUGUGGAAAAGCCUUCACCACGUCCACACUGUUAAACGCGCACCAGAAGAUCCACACUGGAGAAAAGCCCUACAAGUGUUCAUACUGCGAGAAGAGCUUCACCAGUUCUGGAAGCCUUCAGGGACACGAGAGGAUCCACACCGGAGAGAAGCCCUACACCUGUGACGAGUGCGGGAAGAGUUUCAAAUGGCGGAGGAGUCUCCAGAUCCACAAGCUCAUUCACUCCGGGGAAAAGCCCUUUGACUGCGAUCAGUGCGGUAAAACGUUUGUGCAGAAGUCAGACCUGAGGACACACCUGAUGUCUCACAGUGGGGAAAAGCCGUACUCGUGUACGGUGUGUGGGAAGGGCUUUGUAAGGUUGUGCUUUUUAAAAAUGCAUCUAGAAAAGAAUGCACACUGACAAUGACCUAGCGACAAGUCUCUAUUAAUAAUUGCUCAGAUGAUACCCAGCAAGCAUCAUUGUGUUUAACCCCUUAAACGCCUCCUGGAGGCUUAUGUUUACAUCUUAUUUUUGCAAUUAAAUCUUAAUCUAAACAUGACGAACUGUAUAUCGAUGGGAAGGUCAAAGAUGUGUGAGUAGAUAUGCAUCACUGCUUAUAGUUAUGUGUGAAGAGUAAUAGAUGAAACACGUUUUCUGUCACCUUACAACCUGUGGGGGCGCUUACACUUACAUUUAAACCAUAAUAUUGUAGUAUAAACGUGAAGCAAUCAUAACAAGCUAUAUAUCAUUUGAAUGCGCAACAUUUCUAGUUUUCAUAUCUGGUGGCUGAUUUUUGAUAGAUAUUACUGAGUUAGUAAUAACAGUGAUUUAUUAAUUUGCACUCAUUAGAGUAGUAAAGUAUUACUUUGCUACAGCAAUCCACAUGUGAAAGUGUUUUCGGAGGCUAAAUUCAACUCUAAUACCACCAAACUGCCCAUACUACAUCAGAAUUGUAUGUUUACUUUACAAAUAUUGUCAAAAGUAUGAAAACAUAUGGUUCAUAUUCCUCAAAAACAUAAGUGGUGCCCGUCUUUUCUCACUAAUGAAAACCGUAUGGUGACCUAGUGGUCAUGUUUGGUACUGCGGCCAAACUACAUCUCACUGAAAGCUCAAUAUUUUGGAGAUUUGGAAUAGACACUGAUCACGUACUUAGCUUUGAUUUUCUGUCAACUGUAGGCUAAACCUUUUUUAUGUAUAAAAAGGUAUUUUAUGUAAUAUAUUAAAAUAUAAAUGUACUGUUUUUAUAAAUUAAUUCUAAGUAAUGUAACUUGUUUUAUUUAACAUUUUCUCACUUCAACUACAAUCUGACACCUGUCUUCUUCAAAAUGACGGUAAUCUUAAAUCUACGCUCAAUUGAUGCUCAAAGGUAUGUUAAUAAACUGGAGGCGACAGUUAAGGGGUUAGAAGAAGAAGUCUGAUAGACGUCAAAUCGAUGUUUAAACAUUAGACGGCUUGACUAAGACAUGGAUACAAUUAUUAUGUAGGAAGAGUGAUAGAUUAAACACGUUUACUGUCACCAUACAACCUGUGUGAGCGUUUACACCUACAUUUCUAAACCAUAAUAUUGCAGUAUAAACGUGAAGCAAUCAUGACAAUCUAUAUAUCGUUUGAACUCUUAAUAUUUCUAGUUUCCAUUUCUGGUGGCUGAUUUUUGAUAGAUAUUACUAAGCAGCAGUUGUUUAUUAAUUUGCAACAGCACUCAUUAGAGUAGUAAAGUAUUACUUUGCUACAGCAAUCCACAUGUAAAGGUGUUUUUGGAGGCUAAAUUCAACUCUAAUGCUAUCAAACUGCCUAUACUACAUCAGAAUUCUAUGUUUACUUUACAAAUAUUGUCAAAAGUAGAAAAUAAUAUGGUUUAUAUUCUGCAAAACAUCAGGGGAACCUUUGUAUGGUAAGCAAUGUAAACACGGUGAUUAUGUCUGGUAGUGUGGCCAAACAAUCUUACAGAAAAAAAACUCAAUUUUUGAGAUGUUAACUUUACAUUUGGAAUAUAAUUUGAUCAAAUGUUUAGCUUUAAAGUUCUGUCAAUUUUAGGCUAAAAUAUGUCAUGUAAUGUACUAAUAUACACAUGUAUUGUAGGCACAUAACUAAUGGUUUAACUCUUUAACCUUUUUUCCACUUCGGCUACAAUCUGACAUCUGUCUUCUUUAAAAUGACACCAAUCUUAAAUCUAUGCUCAAUUAAUGCUCAAAUAUUGAUGUUUAAAAUGUGGGAUGACAAUAAGGGGUUUAAAAAGCUGACUAGAUGUCUAAUAGAUGUCUCAACAUAAGACGGCUUUACUAAAACAAGGCUAAAUUUGGGUUAGUGGUAUCUGUCUAGUCUGGGUGUUUGAUGAGUAGUUUAGUUUUGGACUAUUCAUAGACGUCAAUUAGUCGUUCACUGAUGGAUCAAAUUUAACUUUAUGCAAGACGUCCAUGUUUAGAUGUCUAUUAGACGUGUGUUAAGCAUUGCUUUGUGGGUGUUUAUCUAACUAUGAAUAUCUGUGGGAUUGAUAAGUGUAAAUGUUCUGCUUGAGAUGAAUGAGGUUAGUAUAAAUCAGGAGCAUAAUAAGCUUCUGCGUCUGCUCAAACAUCGACUUUAAGAGACGGAGAUUUCAUUAAAACAAUCGUUCCACUAUCUACAGUGAAACAGAGACAUUAUGCCUAAAUAUUCAUCACAUCAGGAUGCCUUUAUGCAGAAUGAACUGAUCUGAUUUUCCCCUUAUGCCUUUUCCUAAACGCAUGUGUAGACCUGCAGGCUGUGUUACAAGGUUUUUUUUAGUUUAUGUUCUUUUUACUGUUUAGGAUGUCAACCGUACCCUAUAAAAUGUCUGGAAAACAAACAAACAGUGUAGCGUUGAGAUUUUAGAAAAUCAGUAAAUCUGGGUAACCCGUGCUCAAACAGGAGAGGAAAUCACAGAGCUAAAGAUAUGUACAGAGCAACAAGCAGAAUAGCCAGUGUGGAGUAUAUAUAACUUUAUUAUUAUUAUUAUUAUUAUUAUUUUAGUGAAAACACACACACAUUUAACAAAAAAACUACAAACAAGAAAAACACAAGCCCAUCCUCUUCCAGCAGUCCGCUCAUCUGAGAUCUACAACACAAACACUGGACAUUGAGGAUAUUUAUAACACGUUUCAAAUAUAGAUGUGUUGAAUUUAAAAAAGACGAUGUCAAAACCUCCACAGUAAUGUCAGAUUCCUCAUCUGAUGUGGAGAGAGCAGCUUGUCUGAACGCAGCCUUUAGGAGGCUGAUCUCAGGUCUGGUCUUGGUUUGCUCAGAGUCUGUUGUUCCUCUGCAGAUGAAGCUGUGCUUCUGCUCUUUCAGUCUCUUUCUGCAAGUGUUGAAAGUGAUUUCAGAAAUCAGCGAUCGCCAUUCUUUGCAUUUUUUGGUUAUUCUGUAAUCAUUGCAUGCAUCACUAAUAAAUAUUCUAAACACAAAAA